CUUUUCACUUUAUCAGUCACAUUGAAAGGUAGUAAGUAAGAAGUUGCUUCAUUGGUAGGGAGAAAAGCAUGAUGACUGAUAUAUAUAACAAGUGAGAGUCAAUUGUCCAUACACCCAGACCAUCCUGCAUAUUCCAAUUCUUUGAGAGGCUCUUUUCCUUAGUUUAUGGUCUGGCUUUAAUUCUCCUAUGGCCAAUCAACUUGUCCCUUCUUCUUCCUCCAACAGUACUCCUUCAUGGACAUACGAUGUCUUUUUGAGCUUUAGAGGAGAUACACGCACCAAUUUUACAGAUCAUUUACACCAUGCCUUUGACCGUCACGGAAUCAAUACUUUCAUUGAUCAUCGUGAACUUCCAACAGGAGAAGAAAUAUCACCAACUCUUCUCAAAGCAAUUGAAAACUCGAGAAUUUCUGUCAUCGUAUUCUCUGAACACUAUGCAUCUUCAAGAUGGUGCUUGAACGAGCUCGUACAUAUCCUUGAAUGUAGAAAGUCAAAGGGACAACUGAUAAGGCCAAUUUUCUACAAGGUGGAUCCAUCGGAUGUCCGAAACCAAAAAAAAUAGUUAUGAUGCUGCAUUUGCUGACCAUAGCCUCAAAUAUAAGAAUGACCUGGAGAAGGUGCAAAGAUGGAGGACAGCUCUUACAGAAGCAGCAAAUUUGAAAGGAGCUACUCUCAAUGAGGGAGAAUGUUAGUGAAACAUUGACAAAGUGUGAAGGCGUAAUCCAACUACAGAAGACUCUUCUAUCUAAAAUUCUAGGUGGUGCAGAGUUGAACUUUGUCAAUGCUCAUGAAGGAACCAGUCUUAUUAAGAAUCGGUUGAGGCAAAAGAAGAUUCUCUUAAUUCUUGAUGACGUGGAUAAUUUGGAGCGGUUAAAAGACUGGGUCGAUGUCGAUUGUUUCGGUGAGGGUAGCAGAGUGGUCAUAACCACAAAAGAUAAAAGUUUGCUAGAUUUUUAUGAAGGUCAGUGGAUAUAUAAAGUCCAAAAGUUGGGAUACGACAAAGCACUUGAGCUUUUUAGUUGGAAUGCCUUCAAAAGAAAUAGACCUCCAGAUGAUUAUUUGAGCCUCGCACGACGUGCAAUAGUCUAUGCUCAAGGCCUUCCGUUGGCUCUUAAUAUUAUAGGUUCUCAUCUGCGCAAUAAAAGUAUAGAUUGUUGGCAAGCUGUAUUGAACAGUUACGAUUCUUACAAUGGAAAACCUUAUACAGAUAUUCAAAUAAUACUUCGAAAAACUUAUGAUGCCUGGGAUUGUAACUUGCAACAAGUUUUUCUAGACAUUGCAUGUUUCUUUAAGGGUGAAAAUAAAGACUACGUGUUACAAAUGUUAAGAAGUUCGACGCUCAAUGUACCUGAAGAUAUUAUUGAUGUACUUGUUGAGAAAGCCAUCAUAGCUAUCGAGUAUAAUUAGAUUGUGAUGCAUGACUUGCUAGAAAAAAUGGGUAAGCAUAUAGUUUACGAAGAAUCACCCAAUGAACCAGGCAAGCGGAGCAGGUUGUGGCAUCAUAAAGAUGUGUGCGAUGUUCUAAUUAAUUGCAAAGGAACAAAGAAAAUUAGAGGCAUUGUUGUGAAUCUGCCCGAACCAGAUGAGAUACCCUUGAAUCCAAAAAGCUUCUUGGAGAUGGUAAAUCUUGAAUUUUUUAUAAACUAUAAUGCACACUUUUCAGGAUGCGUUGAUUAUCUACCCAACAGUUUGAGGUUGAUUGAAUUCGGUGGACGAUCCAAUAUUGAUCAAGGGGAUAAGUAUGUGCCAUUCAAUUUUCAUCCAAGAGAUCAUAAGUAUGUGCCAUUCAAUUUUCAUCCAAGAGAUCACAAUCAUAAGUAUGUGCCAUUCAAUUUUCGUCCAAGAGAUCUUAAGUAUGUGCUCGAUUUGCCAUCCGAUUUUCAACCAAGACAUCUUGUUAGCUUUGAUGUGUCAUACAGUGGUAUAAGACAAUUGAAGGGAUUUAAGAAUUUGGCAAAGCUUACAUGGAUGAAAUUAAGUAAUUGCGAAUUCUUGGAAAAAAUCCCUGACUUAUCCGGAAGCCCAAACAUAAAGUUCUUGGAUCUAGGUUGGUGUAAAAAUUUGGUCGAGGUUGAUGAUUCUGUUGGAUUCCUCGAUAAACUUGAAGUGUUGUCUCUUAUUGGGUGCUCUAAGCUUACGAGGUUUCCAACAAGACUUGGAUUGAGAUCCCUUAAAAAGCUUAAUUUUUGGUGUUGCACAAGGCUGGAGAGAUUUCCGGAAAUAGAGAAGGACAAUGAAAUCUGUGACGCAUUUGGAGAUACCAUACAGUGGCAUAAGAGAAUUGCCCUCAUCAAUUGCGUAUCUUACUGGGCUUAGGGUGUUGCUUGCACAUUAUUCUAAGUUGCAAAAUGUCCCCGACUUAUCCGGAAGCCCAAACAUAGAGUACUUGUGUCUAACAAACUGCACAAGUUUGGUCAAACUUGAUGAUUCAGUUGAGUUGCAAAGGGUGAAGUUUGAUGAAGUUUCAUCCAAGCUGACUCUUAAUCUUUCAGAAUGCAAUUUAUCAGAAAGUGAUUUCCUUGUGCCUCUUUAUUGCUGGUCCGAAUUAAGAGAACUUAAUCUGUCGAGAAACAAUUUUGUUAGCCUUUCGGAUUGUAUUAGCAAAGCUGUCAACUUGAAGACACUUUACUUGUGCGAUUGCAAGAGGCUUCGAGAAAUUCCAGUCCUUCCACCAAAACUAGAAUUUUUAAAUCUGAAUGGUUGCACAUCAUUGGAGAAAAUUCCAAAACUGCCCCUGACGCUUGAGAAGCUUAUAUUGUGUAACUGCUCUGGAUUAAGUGGUGAUGAGGUGGCAAAGUUGGAAAACAACUUGUUGAAUGAGGAAUUUGAUCCGCCCACUCGAUUGAACAUUAUUUACCCAGGCAAUGAAAUUCCAAAGUGGUUCAGCUAUACCUCUAACUAUUCCACAACCAGUCAACAUCUACCAGAAUAUGAAUCUGACAAGGAAUUUCGUUUUGAAAUUCCUCUAAAAUUACAAGUGGGGGAGACGUUAUUAGGAUUGGCUCUAUCUUUUGUUUAUGAACCACCGACUUGUAAAAAGUGGGAAAAUGAUCUUAUUACGUGUAUUAUCAUCGACGGAGAAAGAAGGUUUGAACAUUAUUUAGAGUAUUCUGCGGACAUAAAUGCAACUCAUGUGAGCCUUGCGUUAACGGCGUUAAGGGGUUUACGGGAGCAGGAGCAGCAUGGAGAUAUUUGUCAAGUUGUAUUUCGUUUCUACCAACUGUCUCCCGUUAAAAGCUGCGGCGUGCACUGCCUAUUGCGCAACCAAGACAGUGGAUCCUCAUCUUCGGAGGAUGGGGACAGUGGAUCCUCACCUUCGGAGGAUGAGGAGGAUGAGGAGCAAGAGCAAGAGCAACCGUCCGACUCAAAUGUUCCUUUUGAUAUUGAGGAGGAUGAGGAGCAAGAGUAGCUGUCCGAUUCAGAUAUCCGCAAUUUCCCAUUUUUAUUUUUUUUUGUUUUUAUUUUUUUGGUAAACUUCAAUUUCUGAUUUAUUAGGAGUUUGGGUACGUACAUAUUUGUUUGCACCUUACUAAUCUCUAAAAUUAAGAGACUGUUUGAUGACCAUUUCUGUUUGCAAACCGAAAACCAAUUUGUUCUA